ACCAAUCAGAGACCCUGUUGCCCGCCUCGGUCCCUCACCACGCCUCCCACACCUUGCCAAUCAGACUGCGGUUGUCAAGGCAACAGCUUGGCGCCAAGGCACGGAGUUGACGUCAACGGAGUCAGUGUUAGGGGCCCCCAAGCAGGGUCUGGAAAAGGGGGAUGGGAUGUGGGUGUGAAGGGAUGCAACCCCCCCAAAAGAAAUCGAGGUGAAACUGAAAUGCCUACCAAUGAUGGUCCAAUGCAAAACCUGAGAAGAAAGAGAGGGAUAAAGGACAAGCAUAGAUUUGUCUAAAAAACGGGAAAAGGAAAAAAAAGCCAUGAAAAAUCGAGGCAAAAACAUAUACGUUGAGGUCUAACCACGAACGAUAAAGGUGGAAGAAAGGAGUUUUCUGCCUGCAACACCCAAGCACUAAGCUCAUUUCCUUAAUAAACGAAGAGCUAUUGGAAACCUACAAGGGACAGACAAAGGCAAACCAAAAAAAGGGGGCAAAAGAGACCGCAAGUCAGAGGACAAUACAAAUGGCUGGAAGAAUCAUGACUUGACUCGGCAUAGCAAAACGCCAACCUGAGAUACCGGGUGAAGGCGGUUUAUGGCAGUGCGCUGAAUCGCAUGCUGUCAUCCACUGUUGCGCGAAAUCUACUGCGUAGACUAGCGAGAAAUUGCGAGGGGAGUGAGCAGGUAGAUUACCAAGCCUGCCUCUCAUAGAAGAAAUUCCUGUCACCGGAAAAAAUAACGGGGUAUCGCUGCCGCAAAGGACCUAGACCGUAAUAGAUGCGAUGAAAUAAAACACGUUGCUGAAGUUUGUACAAACGGAAUGUUGUUGCUUCCGAGUGUACAGUGACAUUUUCCUGAGGCAGUGCGACCUGUGAUACCAUAACAGGCAGAAGGCUCCAGCAGACGAGAAUCCAGCUGUUCCCUACCACGUCUGGCACUGAAGAGAUUCGCAGAGAUGUAAAGUGACGCUACCAGAGGAGAGCUCCAGUUGGAUCUUCCGCAGGUGGUGCCCUCUGGCCCAGGGCCUCUCUUGUCUUGCACUCUGGACAUUCAGCACUGGAGAAUACUUUGCUUUCUCUCUGUCCCAUGACGGCACACAGCCUGCAGAAGACCCAGGGAGAAGGCAUCGUCCCUACCCAUAUCUGAACAGAGGAAGGGAGACCCCAACAGCUGGGUGACUCGCUUGCCAACGUGGGAGAAAAAGACUUACUGAAGAAUUGCUCACUCUUGCUGACAGAGUGAUUGGUGAUUAAGGCCAUCUGGGAGGAGCUGCUGAGAGAACUGUUCUUAUAAGCCGCAGGAAUCUAUAUUUAAAUAUAUAGCCACAUUUUUGACAUUGGGCUCUUGUUUUGGGGCGACCCACGAGUCCCCAACCAUCUGGAAGAACUAAUAGGAAAGGAGGGAAAGCCAGGACUCAACCACAGCUUCAGACCUGAAGGAGGCUUCUUCCAAGAUCAGCAUCUGAGCCUGUGAAUCUGUAAACAGUUGCUACGUGCAGCCACUAGAUGGUGGUAGACACCAAACUUUAAAAAAGCAGAGCCCUUACUCUAUACCCGCCCACUGUGACUCUAAGGAUUGUCGCCUGGUGGUCGGCCUGCGGCAGGAUUCUGAGCUGUGACAUUCCUGACUAGGUCGGGGACUGUGUAUCUGAAUCCUGAAUCUGCAAUCAAAAGGCCAGCACCAGAGGUGACCACUCACAGCCUCAAUCUUUCUACAUUUUGCAUUUGCAUGAGAGAGUAGAAUUUGACCAGAACUACAAUUGUAGCAGCAGCAGCAUCAGGACAGAGGACAGAGGCACCAGUGACAGAAGUACUCCUACCACAUUUUACGUAAGAUUAGACGUGUUUUCUUUGUGAAGAAAGAAUGGCUCUUCUAAAGAUACAUGGUUUCGUCCAAAUCCGAAGCAAGAACCGGAGCAAGCACACCCGGGGUUCUCAGUGGAAAGAGGCAGUCAUCGAAACAGUGGAGAGGAAGCAGAAGGCUAGUCUGGUGGUCUCCUUUAAGUUGGAAGGAAGGAGAAGGGUUUUCCCACUGGGUGGUAAUGUUGCAGGUGUAGUGGUUAGUUAUUGUGAGGCUGGACUGCAUCGUCUGCAUUUAACUCUGAAAGAUGACACGUCCUUACUCAUCGACAAGCUAUCUGCCUUCGAUGUUGAGCAGUUGAAGGCUGUCCUGGAUUCUGUUCAUCCUUCUGAAUCCCAACAACUUGAGGAACCAGAGAGGAAUCCGGAUGUUCUUGAAAGCGGCGAUCUAUUUUGCCGGAAGCACCAGGAUACAUUUUGUGGAUCUUUGAAUAUCACACAAGAAAGUGAGACGCUGUUCCCUAUGAAUAUGUCGCUUUCAAUGGCAAACUCCGCCAGCGGUUAUGUUGAAGAAGAGAGAACCGAGAAACAGAACAAGAAGCGGAAGACGAUCUCAACGUCCACUGUAGAAUUGAAUGAGGUCUUUCUCAAAGAAAGUAAUACCGAAUCAAGAAAGAAAUCCAAGAGCUACAACUCCAGGAACAAAAGAAACAAAGGAGAGAAGCUGAUGCCUAUAAGAGACCAGGAAAUGCAUAACAACUGGAAACUUGAGCCGUUAUUCAGUACCAACUCCUGCGGGAAGCUUGACCUAGAUGACACUGUUUUUGCAAGCGGAUCCAAGUUCAGCCAGGAGAUCCCAAUACAGAAUGAUAUCCAGUCUCCUCUCGAUACUUGCGCAAAGCAGCUGACACGUGAAGGCUUCCCCAAUUUAGGAAACACCUGCUACAUGAAUUCCAUCUUACAAUCUGUCUUUGGCAUCCCAACCUUCGCAAAGGACUUGCUCACACAAGGUAUCCCAUGGGAGAAAGUUUCCUGUGAUGAUCUCAUUAAGCCCUUAAGCCAACUUCUUGUCUUGAAAGACAUCAGAGAUGUAGAGAUCAAGGGACAGUUACUCAUAAAUGUGAAGAAAUCCAUUUCCACGGUUGCAGACACAUUCUUGGGCGAUGAACAGAAUGAUGCCCAUGAAUUUUUAAGUCAGUGCUUAGAUCAGUUGAAACUGAACGUGGAGAAACUAAACACCAUGUGCAUUACUGAGAGGGAAAACGAAGUUGACGAUUUUUUUCCAUCAGCAUAUGCUGGGACUGCCUCCACCAAAAUGUUUGUUUGUCCUGUCAGUGCUAAUUUUGAAAUAGAGCUGGAUAGCUCUAUUGUUUGUGAAGCCUGUGGUGAGGCGACCUUCAACACUGAAGUGAGUAAUUACCUCUCUGUUGACCUGCACCAAGGGACAAAAGAACACCCUCUGUCGAUUCAGAAGUCACUUGAUCUUUUCUUUACACCGGAAAAAAUUGAGCGCAAUUGUGAGAAAUGCAAGAACAAGAAUUCUGUGCUCAGAUAUACUUUGAGGAGACUCCCAAGGGUCCUUAUCCUUCAUCUGAAACGCUACCACUUUACUGCUAACAGGUUGUUAGUGAAGAGCCAGCAGCCAGUUGAGAUUUCAAAGUAUCUGGAUGUCUCUUCCCAUUGCAAUGAAAACACGAAGCCACCAUAUCCCUUGACCAGUCAGUCCCCUCACGAGGCCUUUGGUGUCCCAAAUGUCUCUGAAGAGAUGAUGCCUGACAUCCUCAGCCAGUCGAUACCAGCUAAGAGGGUGGCUUCAGACUUCAUUGAUUUCACAGUCCUACAGGUUGGAUCCACUGAGGAUGCUGAAGUCCAAACCUUGCACAGGAUGUAUGAGGAGCUCAGUGAGGAACAGUGGCAGAGAGGCCUUGAAAAUGGUCCUAAAGUGGAGCCAAAGGCAGUAAAGAGAGAAAACAGGAUGCUUAGCGAGAAGGCAUUGUCAGCACCGGACUCAGUGAUGUGCGACCCUCUCAGCAUCCACAUACCAGGUCUUGCAGAGAUAGGUCUUCAACAGGUCUCCAAGAAUUCAGAAUUUAAGAAGUAUGAGAAAAUCAAUGUAUAUGGAAAGUCAGAUCAUUACACCGCAACUGAGAUGGCCAAUUAUUUGUGUGAUCUUAAAGAACAAAACAUCCUGGAUGGAUCUCAAGAAAUUGCCGAACAGCUCCUCCAGAUGCACGGGAGUAGAAUCCACGCGGAACUGCUGCCUUGGGCAUCACCUCAAAGUGUUCGCAGUACAGAGGAAGACGCCGGAGCCAGGAACACUGAAAUUGACUCAAAAAACGCAGCACUGGGAGCCGAUCCCCAGAACUACAGGCUCGUCGGUGUCGUCAGCCAUUUUGGGAGCUCCCAAGAUUCAGGCCAUUAUGUAAGCGAUGUGUAUGACUUUCAAAGGCAGGCGUGGCUCCUGUACAGUGAUGUCCAAGUGUUCGAGAUCCCAGAGGCCUUGAUUCAGGAGAAUCGGCUUCACACCGGAUACAUUUUCUUUUACAUGCGAAAUGAGAUUUUUGAUUGGCUGUUGAAAAAGGCGUCAGAGUGCAAGUUACUGAACACAUCUCAAGAUGAAAAGAAUACAGAACUUUUUUCCACCUUGCUUAAUGGCUUUACAUACCUUCUAGAAGAAUCCUAAAUUCUAUCCAGAAGAAUUACACAGCUCAAGAUUAAAACUCAGCAAACAGAACACAGCAAACAAACAAACAAACUUAUUAGGAGAGAAACCCAGACAGCUCUGAUGCAGGCGAUGCACCAUUCUCUCUAAGAAGGCCAUAAUGGUGUUUUUUUUUCUUUUGUUGGCUUUUCAAGACAGAGUUUCUCUGUGCAUCCCUGGCUGUCCUGGAACUCACUCUGUAGACCAGGCUGGCCUCAAACUCCACCUGCCACUGCCUCCCUAGUGCUGGUAUCAACGUGUGUAUCACCACCAGCCAGAAAUGAUUUUUUUAAAAAAAUUAUUUAUGUUUAUUUAAUGUGCACUCGUGUUUGCCUGCACGUAUGUCAUCUGUGUGAAGGUGUUGGACUCUCUGAAGCUGGAGGUACAGGCAGUUGUGAGCUGGCAUGUGGUUGGUGAGAAUUGAACCUAGAUCCUCUGGAAGAGCAGACUGUACUCUUUUCCACUGAGCCGUCUCCGGUAUCAGGAGGAUGACUUUUAAAAUACCAUUCUGAACCAACACAGCGAGGAACUGUUUAUCGGUCCAAAUGUUAGGGUCCAGCAUCAUAGCGGUUCAGAAACAGUACUGAUGGACUUAAAAGUCUGAGAAACAGUGUGUGGAAUUUCUCUUUUGUUAGUGUAAAUAUGAAUUGAUUAUGUCAUCGAGAGGAUUUUCAUUAUUGUCUGUUUUUCCUAGAUUCAUAGGUACUGUUCUUUUGUCAAUUUAUUAAAACCACUGCCUUCUGUAUGUGUUUGACUCAUUGCUGAAGAAAUUCUCUGGCUGUCAACCAAGUUGUUUAUGCUUCCUUCAGAAUUGCAGGGCAUAACAUCUGGGUUACAAGCAAAUAAUAGAUAGUAUGGUAAAUUUGCAAAUUCUAAGCCCUCUAAGGGCUCAGUGGGUAAAAACCCAGCCACCAAGCCUGGUGACUCUAUUUCUGCAAGUUGUGCUUUGAUCUCUAGAGGAGAUAAUACAUAUAUGUGCAUAUCAACGCAUAAAUAAAUGAGCGAAUAAGGUUUUUAAUGUCACUAUGUCGCUCUGGGUGGCUUGGAACUCUCUAUGUAGAUCAGGCUACCCCCAUUCUCACAGAUUUUCCCUGCCCUGCCUCCUGAGUGCUGCUAAGUCUGCACCACAAUAUCUAGCAUAGUAAAUUUUAAAGCUCUCUGAAAAAAUAUAUAUAAAUAUACUUGUUAGAUUUAAAUUCAGAUGGGUCAUACUGUGGUGGUGUAAUAUAAAUAUACUUGUUAGAUUUAAAUCCAGAUUGGCCCUGCUGUGGUGAUGCACACCUUUAAUCCCAGCCCUUGGGAUUCAGAGGCAAGUGGAUCACUGAGUUUGAGGCCAGCCUGUUCUAGAUAGUGAUUUCCUGGACUGCCAAGGAUAUACAGAGAAAUCCUGUCUUGACAUCUGUCCCUGCCCCCAAAGAGAGAGACGUUAAAUCCCGAUUGAUGUGAUGGUGUGAGAAAAUGUGAUUCAAGGGACAGAGUCUGAGACAGACUGUCCUUCAGGCGAGAGCCCCGUAGAUCAACACAAACAGCACGGUGGUGUUCUGACGAGAGAGCUUUCAGAUCCUAAGACAAAGCAAGGUCCCCUUUAGUUUCCAAGGGGAGAAAGAGACCCUGUACCAUGAAGCAAUAGGCUCACUUAAUGCAUAGCCCAUAGUUGAUGCUCACAGCUGGUCACCUCUGGUUUCUGGGCAGCAAGGGGAAGGAAAAACUAGUUGGGGUUUCUGGCUAUGAAGUGUGUAGCCUUAUCUGAGACACGCCACAUCUAACUCUUUAAAAUACGAAAAAAAAAAGUAUAGAGUCACUUUCAAGGGUCUACAGAGAUAAUUCAGAAGGCCAGAGCAAGUCAGGCGGUGGUGGCACACACCUUUAUUACCAGUACUCAGGAGGCAGAGGCAGGAGGAUCUCUGAGUUCAAGGCUAGCCUGGUCU